AUGUCUUCUCCGCUACUGGUCGUUGAGCUGGUGCUCCGCCAGCAGAAUGAAGGCGUCGCACUCGACCACCUCGGACGCCUCAUCGCUGACUACCUGGGCCCGGACAGGAACCUGCCACUGAGUGACGCCUGCAAGCUCGGGUCCACGACGCUCCUGGACUGGAUGUGGGAGCGCAGCCCCGUUUCCACUGCAGAUAGACCUUCUCGUUGGUCGCUGACGAACUAUCUGCGGUCGGACCCACACUAUUACCAGUAUCAGUUCCGCGAAUCGAUGGUGGCUGCUACGAAGCAGGGUGACUUACGAGUAAUCCAGUGGCUGAUGGAGCGUUUCUCGGUCUGUCAGGUGCCGGUGAGUGUGGUGGAGAUCGCUGCAAAGCGAGGUCGACUCGAUAUACUGCAGUUUCUGCUGGAGCACGACGCUGCCCAAGAAGGAGAAGAAGAAAAGAGCGGGGUUCCAUGGGGCAACGUGGUGCACUGGGGAGGGGAUAGUAUGGAGAGGGCUGCGCUGGUAAAGCGGUUUGACAUUGUCCGGUUUAUCUAUGAGAACACCCCCGGGGGUGCACACAGCUACGCGCUUGGUACAACUAUUCGACUCGCUUUGGACGCUGGUGAGAUGGCUCUGGCGGAGGAACUGUUGCCUGCUGGGGGAAAUAUCCUAGAUUACGGGAAGUUCUCGUCCAGCCCAGUUGUGCUCGAACGCAGCUUUGCCGCUGGUCUAUUGAACGACGAGCUUCACGCUGGGGUUGCUUUAGAGAAGUUGGUGCAGUCCGGAAGCUUGGAACUGAUGAAGAAAAUCUGGCAGAAGCACGGCCAACUCACGUCGACGGGUGACUGGAUGCAGCAUUGGCUGCAGGGAAUGGUAACGGCGUGUAAGAUGGGGGACCUUGUUGUUCUGCAGUGGGUGGUGGAGCACACGUCGGGCCGAGCGGCUAUCGCGCACUUGAAGGAGAUCAACAAGAUGUUCCCACUGCUGUACCACGCAACUUUUGGGAACCAAUUAAACGUGAUGCAGUAUCUCCAAGAGCACGGAGCGGCAGCGGAUUAUGGGAACUCCCUCCUGUGUGCGAUUCGCAUAGACAACAUGGACGCUGUGACGUGGCUGGUCGAGCAUUUUCCUCCGUCUGAAAAGAUCCCAGAGCAUUGUGUACUCGUGGAAGCUGCGAGGUAUGGACGGGAUCUGUCUCUCAAGAGCAGUGGAAAUUUGUCCGAGGCAGCGCUGGCCACCGACCAUGUCCGAGUUGGGCACUGGUGUUUGACUCAUCUUCCGGCCCAUUCUCCCACGUCAUUGGAGUUGUCAACUUACACCGGAUUCGAGGUGUUGUUGUUCGUGCACUUGCACUAUCCGGAGCUGUUCACCCCGCGCUUUUUGGCAGAAAUACGAGCGAGGAUGGGGUUCUCAGAAGCGUAUGACUUCCAAGAGAAGUGGCUCUACGCCUUGGUGUCAUGA